AUGACAUCAAAUAGCACUAAUAGAAAUAGUAAUAAUAACACCAAUAACCGUGAUAAUAAUAAUAAUAAUAAUAACAAUAAUAAUAAUAAUAAUAAUAAUAAUAAUAAUAACAUUCGUAAUAAUACAAACAAUAAUUUAUUAUCAAUUAAUAAUUUAUCAAUAGUAAAUAUUUCACGUAGUAUGAAUAGUUUAUCAUUUAGAACAAGUGGUCCGCAUUCAUUUGAAGAUAGUGGACAGCUUGAUGAUAUGUAUAUCACAAGUGACAAUCAUAGUAGUAUGUUAACUAGGUCUUGUAGUUCCAAAAGUGUAAGAAGAACUAAUCUUGAAGAAAUUAAUAACGAGGCUAAACACUUAGCAGCAGUCUAUUUAAAUAACAGACAACUAGUAUUUACUCAAGGUUUAGGUAGAGUGGACUUUAAUAUGAGAUCUGAAGAUUUAGAUCAACCAUGGUUCCAUAAAGAAGCAACAAGAGAUGUAGCAUUACAGUUACUAAGUCGUAAACCAGAGGGAACAUUUUUAAUUAGACCAAGUUCACAACCAGGUAGUUAUGCAAUGUCAUGGAUGAAGGCUAAUAAUGAAAUAGGCCACAAUUUAAUUUAUGGGUUAUGUCCUGGGUAUUCAUUAAUUCAAGAUCCACAUACAAGAGAUAGAUUUUGGUCACUUCAAACAUUAGUAGAAAAUUGUGAAUAUUUAAGACACCCUGUUUUGGUUUCUCAAGAUACAAAAACUAUUGCAAAAAAUUCAAAUUCAAAAACAAAUUCUGAAGUUAUUGGUAGAAUAGUAGAAAGAGUUUCUGCAAAUGACCCAACUUUCACCGAUUUAUUUUGGGGUUUAUCAAUUAUAGGGGAUAAUGCAAAUGAAAAUUCAGAUUAUUGCCAAAAAAGAACUAAAGUCAGAUUUGGUGAAGAAGAUUAUACAGCUCCUGAAAUUUUACCUUUGAAUGGUAAUUCUUUAACUUUAAUUUGUCAGGCAAUGCACAAUAAUUUACACAUGAGAUCAUUCUCACUUAAUGGUUAUGAUGGUUAUUUAAGAUUAUCAUUUAUUACCAACAUUACAGAUUCUGACGCGCUACCAAUAGCAGAAAUGAUAAAGUAUAACAAAUCGUUAACUUUAUUAAAUUUGGGCAUAAAUCAAUUAACAGAUAAUGGUACAAAAUUAAUAGCAGAGGCAUUAAAAGUUAAUACAACAUUAAAAUAUGUAUCAUUAUCAAAUAAUUUUUUGGCAAGAGACGGUUUAGUAGCAAUAUCAGAAGUUAUUAGAUGUAAUAAAUCAUUGGAUUAUAUAGAUGUAUCACAACAAUUAAAAAAGAAAAGAUCAACAGUAGAUUUAAAUCAUGGUGACACCGAAAGAACUUUAAUGGGCUUAAUCGAAGAUACAAUGAAAAGAAAAUGCGAAUUAUUUGGUGUUUCUUAUAAUUAUUUUGACGCUCCACGAAGUGUGUCCAGUGAACCAAGUAGCACAAGUAGUGUGAACAUCAGUUAUAUGAAGUUACCUUGCUUCCAUGGAUAUUUAACUAAACAAGGGGCAGAGAAGAGAAUCAACGCACUCAGCAAAUCACCAGGUUCUUAUUUGUUCUAUUUGAAUUAUUAUAUUCCAAAUUCAAUAUUUUUAGCAAUACUUGUACUAAAACCAACUGGACAAUUAGAAAUCGAACAUAAAAUGAUUCACAGAGUACAUUUUGGCUAUCGUUUCGUUUCAAGUGGUUUAAACAAUGAGGCUGAUACUUUAAGAGAUGAAAUGAUCGAAGAGGAAAGACUCUACAACUUCCAAUUGAACAAUCAAACUCAUAACAACUCAAUCACUCACAGCAACUCGUAUAUUUAUAGCUAUAGACAUAGACCAAGAAGAACAGGUUGUGGAACUGUAAUACCAACACUAUUCGAAUUUUGUUCUUGGAUUUUAGCAUCACACCCUCAAUACAAUGAUAUUUUAGCAGCUUUCGAAAGAAUGGGUGGUAUUAGCGAAAGAUUUAAAGAAAUUCAUGACCUUACUCCUUUAUGGGGUGCAAGAGAUGUUUUGCCAAUUGUAUCCCAAACCGAGCCAUCUAUAAAACACAAUAUAUCACGUAAAGGUGUAUAUCCAACUUUAACUCAAUUAAUUAAAAUCAAUAACAAACGUUUAACAUACGCAAUCACAACUGAAAACUAUCAAAGACAUCGUGAAGGUAUUAAACAUCUUUCACAAUUCCAUAAUCAACAUAAAAUAGUUCAACAAAACAAAGAACUCAAUAACCAAAACCCAAAUGGUCUUUGA